AUGUCAGUUCCACUGUUACAUCAUAGAUGCACCAUCAAACGAGUUUCACAUAGCAUCACAACGUUGUGUGCAACGAUGAACCACAAAUUAACGGGAACAAGGAAUUGCUCCACACACCUAUCAUCAGCCGUUUUAUCAUUGAUAACACUCUUCGUAAUUGAGUUACGCUCUAAAAGAUUUCUGUCUCAUGGUUUUGUCCCCAGCGUCCCUGCCCAAAUGAUCGCGGUUAGAAUGCUAAACUUUCGUUUUGUAACGGGCACACUUUUACAAAACGGUGCUUUGAUCACCAAUUCCAACAUUAAACACGUUUUUUAA